CUGGAGAUGGCUGCCUGAGUGCUGAGCUCCGUGGAACCACAGCUACUGAAGCGACCUGUGACCGCACAACAGUGAUUUUUCCAGCUGAAAACACCCCACCGACGGGCACAAUGUCCUACAGAUACAGAAAGAGGAAGAAACCCGGCGUUAGGCUGCGCAAUCUUACAGAUUUCUACUCUGGUCCCGGAGCUCCGGGCUUCCAAGAUGGCGCUGGUUCAUCCUCUCCAGCGCGCUCUGAGGCUGCUGCUCCUAGAACAGCGCAGUGGGACGACGUUCUGCAGGAACAGAGAAGGAGAUCAUCUGCACCAGCUUCUUCCAGUGGCUCCCCGCGGGAGACAUCCUUUACAGCUGCAGCUUUACAGCGACUCUCCCCAGGAGAGGGAGAAGGGGACCGCCGCUUCUCAUCCCACUCUGCUCCUGCUUCCCCUCUGAGUGGCAGCCCGCUGAAGCAACGGCAGAAACUCCAGGAGGACACUGCAGCUGUUACGGAGGACGGGGUAAAAGACCAGUUGAUGACAGCGGCCAGGAAGCUUCCACCUUUGCAAGGGGAUUUUGUCAAGAUCACCCUGUAUACGGAUGUGUCCGCAGCUACCUUGCAACAAAGGCGGGCAUUCCAACCGAUUACCUCAGUGCUGAGAGAACAUAAAAUCUUAUACCGUUGGGGAUUCCCGGUACGUUUAUUGGUGCAAAGGGACAAUGCUCUACAUGUGAUCCGAUCGGUGGAGGAGGGGAAUAAUUUCCUAGCUAAAUGGAAACUCGCUAGCAACCAAGUCUCUGCUAAUCCGCGUUCCCAACCGUCGCGAGUUACAUCUGAAUGGCAAGUCGUUGGCUCGGUGAAAUGAGGUCACCAUAUUGCAAUUCCACGGACUUCCGUGCUCUCUUCAGGUUCCAGUACAAGUAAACUAUGCUUCCUACCCCACAUAUAUCUGCUCGUGUUAGCAGGAUAAUUUUUUCUUGUUUUCAUCUAAAUUCUUUUUGGAUCGUUGUGUUUUGUUU